AUGGCAGUGCCGGUGGUGACCCCCGAGACAGACACUACUCCGAUAGAUCAAUUCCCAUCUCGAGUCGAGAAUAUCAUUCUUCGCGAGCUCUUUGGGUACACAUCCGUCACAAAUGAAGCAGACCUAUCGAGAACACCGCUUCUAGAUGUACUUCUCGUUGCUGUCGAUAUCGAUACGCAGCAGGGGUACUCGGAAAUUCUCCCGGAUCACCAGUUCCAUAUUGGUGUAUCGACAUUGGAUUCCCGCGCCUUGCUUAACCCUGCCGGUACUCUACGAUCUGGAAAGGGCCCAACACCGACAAUCCAAUCCCUGCAGUUCACGAUUGGCGACUCUCGAUACUGCAGAAAAGCAUCCAAGCGAUUUCUCUUCGGCCUGUCAGAACCAAGCUCUCUUUCAUCUGUGAAGAGUCGACUCGAGACCAUCGCCUCCGGAAGAAAUGUCGUGCUCGUGCCUAUCUUCGUUGUGGACACCGUGAAAGCAGCGCAGGAGCCUCUCAGCCUGCCCUACAGAUACAGCCUGGAGAAGCUACUGGAGGCUCUCGAGAUACCCUACAAAAAGCUACAUGCAGCCGGUAAUGAUGCACAUUUUGCUCUUCGGGUGCUCCUCAUGAUCAUUGCCAAGGAUGCAGAACGUCAACCAGAAACCCAGCAUUCUGUGUCACUGAUCAGAGCUUUGAAAGAGGUCGCUCUCGCCCCGAUUCCAUAG